AUGAUUGCUGCUCCUCAAGUAGUAGAUACUUCUUUAUAUCGUGGACCUAAUGGUGAAAUAGUGACUGGACCUACACCACCUCAACAAGAAGAGGAACCUUUAUAUGUCAACGCGAAACAAUACCAUCGGAUCUUGAAACGACGCGCAGCACGAUUCAAAUUGGAAGAAAUGAACAAGGCAGCUAAAGCAAGAAAACCUUAUCUUCAUGAAAGUCGACAUCGACAUGCUAUGCGACGUCCAAGAGGUCCAGGUGGAAGAUUCCUAACUGCCUCGGAAAUCGCUGAAUUGGAGAAAAAUGGAAAAUUGAAUUUGGAUGAUGAUGAAAGAAAACAAGAACAAAAAGAAGAACAUCAUACUUCUAUGACUGUUCAUUCUACAAACUCAAGUAAUCAUAGUACACCAUCUGAAGAAAUUCAAUCUAUCAAGGAGGACAAUCAUGGAAAUCAAAAUCAUUUAGUCAAUCUACAAUCAUAG